AUGGUGAAGAUCACCGCGCUCUCGCUGUGGAAAUGGAACGGCGACAACCAGGAGCCCACGUGCUUGGGUAAGACCGAGGACGUGGACGAGUUCGGCUACUUCCAGCGGAGCAGCGUGAGGGAGAUGCUCACGUUCAUCAGCCGCACCAUCGUGAAGCGGACGCAGCCCGGGCAGCGACAGAGCGUGGAGCAGGACCAGUACCUGGUCCACGUCAGCAACCGCGGGGGCCUGGUGGCCAUCGCGGUGAUGGACAAAGAGUACCCGACGCGCGCCGCGUUCAGCGUCCUGGGCAAGAUGAGCGACGACUACGUGAACAGGUUCGGGGACUCGUGGAAGACGGUGAGCGGAGAUGACCCGCGGGGUAACGAGGCGCUCGCGGCGGCCAUCGUGACGUACCAGGACCCUCACGAGGCGGAUAAGAUCCUGAGGAUCCAGCGCGAGCUCGACGAGACCAAGAUCGUGCUGCACAAGACCAUCGACUCCGUGCUGGCGAGGGGGGAGAAGCUGGACAACCUGGUGGACAAGUCCACCGACCUCUCCCUCGCCUCGCAGAUGUUCUACAAGCAGGCGAAGAAACAGAACCAGUGCUGCACCAUGAUGUGA